ACCUCAAUUGCCCCCAAUUAUCCAUCUCUCUCUCUCUCUCUUGCUAACUCAAAAUUUACUCCCAUCAAACUUGGAUUGCGCCAACAAACUAGUUUAGGAAACAAGUUAAUGGAACCCAAAUCUGGGCGUGCGAAUAGGAGUAAGAAACCCAAAAUUGGGAAUGCGGAUUGCUGCACAAGGUAUUGGAGCAAAGAUCGAAGUCUUCGUUUUUCUUGCAGAUAUCAUCUAUCAUGGCCUCAAUGGCUACAUUGCGGCCGAGGAAGACGACGGAGGAGGUGCAGAAAAACGAUGUCUUCUACUAGAUAUAGGUAGCAAGGGACGCAGAAGAGGAAGAAUCUACUGGAAGGAGUUGGGCUAGGUGAAGAGACAAGCUAGUUUGGAGAAUCUAAAAUGGUGAGCGAAACAGAAGGAGAGGAAGAAUCUAGAUUUGGGUUCCAUUUUGUUAUAGUUCAAUUGAAGGAAUUCUAGGUUGCGGUGGGUUGAUUAGAGGGCAACGGGGGACCAAACAAUCUAAUCGAAGAUGAUGCGAGUGGAAGAAAGGUGGCAAAUUUGUAAUGUUAAUAUGAUUGAAUAAAUAAAAUUAAUUGUU